GCGGGCGGGGAGCGCAGGCGGCAGCCAGCGGGGAGGAGGCAGCGGCAGCAGCGGAGCAGCUGGGACCCGGCGUGCGCACCCGCGGCCCUUCCCUCAGCGCGCAGGGGUAAGGAGCUGUGAGGAAUCAGGCCCCUUGACCUUACCUUCAGCAGGCUUCCAGUCCACAGCGCAGCCAUGAAAGAUCCAAGUCGCAGCAGCACGAGCCCCAGCAUCAUCAGUGAGGAUGUGAUUAUCAAUGGGCACUCCCAUGAAGAUGACAAUCCCUUUGCUGAGUACAUGUGGAUGGAAAACGAAGAGGAGUUCAACAGGCAGAUCGAAGAGGAGUUGUGGGAAGAGGAGUUCAUUGAGCGCUGCUUCCAGGAGAUGCUGGAAGAAGAGGAGGAGCACGAAUGGUUUAUUCCAGCCCGUGACCUCCCACAAACAAUGGAUCAAAUCCAGGACCAGUUCAAUGACCUUGUUAUCAGUGACAGCUCAUCUCUGGAGGACCUGGUGGUCAAGAGUAACCUGAAUCCAAACGCAAAGGAGUUUGUUCCUGGGGUGAAGUACUUAAAUAUUUGAGUAGACUGGGCCCUCUCUUGGUGGAUGUAGCACAAUUUCCACACUGUGAAGCCAGUAUUAGAAGAUUUAAUUGUAAAAGCUCUCUCUUCUUGUCACUGUGUUACACUUAUGCAUUGCCAAAGUUUUGUUAGUCUUGCAUGCUCAAUUAAAGUGCUGAGACUGUUACUAAGUAAAUCUGUCAAAAGUUUAAUGGAAACAUAAUUGGGCCCUGGCUCUCUGCGGAGGGGACAGUGAGGUAAGAAGCACCAGUCAAGUUGAGACCAAGUUGAGACCAAGUACCACGUUUAUAAAACCUUCUGCAGACUCUGUCUUUCUACACAGGACUGGGAAUUUGCUAAGGAUGGUCUGUUUUUAACUCAAGAUGUGUUAACUGGUGCUAGCUUGCACCUGAUAAUGCCUUAACUUCAAAGUGAAAGCAAGGAGAUCUGAUUGUUAUGCAAAUUAGCUAACUUUCCUUUGGAACACCGGUGUUGUUACUAAUGUUAAUUUUUUUUUCCCCUUAAAAAAAAACAAACGACAAAACAAAACCUUCCUGCUCUUUUUGAGCAGCAUGAGCUUUAACAGGAGUUUUGCAGCAGACCUGUACAGAGUCGUAGAUCUCAGCUACCCAACUAACAGCCAGCUAGGGGAAGGAGUUCCCCUGUGUACCUUGCAGUGUGUUACCCUGCUAGAAACCUUCCCUUCCUCCUCAGGUGAGAGGAGCUGUGAGUUUCAUCACCGUUUCUUCCCACAGCCCCAGGUGUACAUAGCUCUGCCUAUGUAACUUUUAGCAGACAACUUUAUCAUAGCUGGAUUUAACCAAGGAAACCCUCGCGUUAGUGAUUUGAGUGGUGCUUUUCCCUUGCUUUGUUUAAUCAUCACUACACAAUAGUCUACAGCACAAUGAAUUUAUUUUUUUUUUUCGUUGGGUUUUUUUUGGUUUUUUUUUAAAUUUUAUUUUGGUUUUGUUUUUUUUUUCCUUUUAAUAAAGCUAGAACAGUUUUGGCUUCUUAAACUUCAUAUUCGGGUAGGUUAAGCUGCCAUACGUGUUCAGUGUGAAUAGUGUUUAAGUUGAAAAUAUUGUAAAAAAAUUAUAUUUUUCAAAAAUAUUUAAAAAAAUAAAUAAUAGUAGAAA